AUGGAUGAUGAGAUGAGGUCACCUGAGAAGAGCGACACAUGGGUGUUGACUGAGUUAUCUGCAGGAAAGAGAGCUUUACUGAACAAAUGGGUGUUUAGAAUCAAGACUAAACCAGAUGGCAGAAGAAGGUUCAAGAUUAUGCCUCGUCGUAGAGCUGACGCCAGGAAUGCAAAGGCAACUCCUCUGAUCCCAGAUCAAGAAGUCUCCAAUGCGGAGUUUAGGAAUGCCAUACAGAUGUUGGCUCAGAGAUCACAGACUCAUGAGGAUCCUUCAAAUUUCUUGGAUGAUAUCAAGAAAAUCUUUGAGGAGAAUAGGGGUGCAAAUGCCACUCAUAUCACUUGGGAUUGCUUUAAUGAGACUUCUCUCGACAGGUUUUUCCCAAUAGAGUUGAGAGAGGCAAAGAAAUUGGGUAGUGGAAAUCGCUCCCAGGGUCAGGAGAAGUUUUCAGCUCCAACCCCUUCAUCAGCUAGUGUUACAUCCUCCAAGAACAAGUAUGACCAGAAGGCUAGAGCACUAGGCUCUAAGUCUCAGAGAAGUGUUUCAGGCACAAAGACUUACCCCAUUUGCCCUAAGUGUGGUAAGAACCAUCCGGGCAAGUGUCUUGAUGGAAAUAAAGGGUAUGUUGGGUGCGGUCAAUCUGGUCAAAAGUUGAGGGAUUGUCCUUCUAGAUAG